AUGAAACAGUUAUCCAUGGUUCUCUUUAAUAAGAUGGAAAAUGCUCUACAAGUACAAGCAGCCGAGAUUAAGGGUAUGUCAGAGGUGUUUAAAGAUAGGACACAAGCAAUGAGGAUGAACUAUUAUCCCCCUUGUCCUAAACCAAAUCUCGCAAUCGGUCUUACGUCGCACUCGGAUUUUGGAGGUUUGACAAUCCUCCUUCAAAUCAACGAAGUGGAAGGAUUACAGAUAAAAAAAGAUGGGACAUGGAUUUCAGUCAAACCUCUACCUAAUGCGUUCGUAGUGAAUGUUGGAGAUAUUAUGGAGGUAUUUAUUUAA